AUGUCAGAAACUCAUUGGGCUCCGGAAGAAACAUCGGUGUUACAGCUGUCCUCUCUUUUGAGGGAGAGCAUGUCUCCCUCGCAGGAGGCGCGUACGAUUGCGAUGGAUGCAUUGAAAACAUUUGAGGGACAGCCAGAGUUUAUCAACUACCUCUGUUACAUUUUGAUCGAGGCAUCUACAAAUCAGGCGUUGUGUUUGCAGUGUUCUGCUGAGGAAUUGGUCUCCCUGAGAGCUACGGCCGGUCUUCUAUUGAAGAAUACUAUGCUGCAGAGAAAUAGUGGUUAUACGGCACAUGGCAUGGAGUACGUCAAAAAUAAUAUUAUCCGCGGGUUACAGAACAACGGGGGUAACAAGCUACUCGGUAAUCUCACUGGUAUCGUCAUAACGACUCUGUUUUCUACUCUUUACCGCCAGGACAGGUCGGAUGUGACAGGCGUGGCGAUGCUAUACCAGUUGGUGGAACUAUCUAGUCAAGGUAAUGAGGGUGCCAUCAAGGCUUUAUCCAAGAUAAUGGAAGAUAAUGGUCAAUUUUUCCAAUUGGAGUGGCAAUCCUCCGAAGGGCCAAUAAAACCUAUUCAGUUUUUAACCGAUGCGUUUUUGAAGUUUAUGGCUCAGACAGAUCAACUGAGCACUAUCGUCAGGUCUGAGAGUAUCAAAUGUUUGAAUUUUGCUAUAGCACUUCAGCUCCAAUACACUAUCAUAAAACUAGACGAAAUCUUGACGAAUAUCUUCCACUUGGCGCAAGUCGAUGAGGACGAUCAGGUGAGGGCCCAACUUUGUGUUUCUUUCACGACGAUAUUGGAGGUCAGACCGGAUAAGCUAGUAAAUAACCUGGAUGGUAUUGUUCAAUUUAUGUUGCACUUGAUCAACACUGUCCAGGAGGAGAAGGUUGCCAUUGAAGCUUGCGAGUUUUUGAACGGUUUUGUCACAAGCUCGCACAUUCCGAAGCAUAUCCUUCAACCUUAUGUCAGUCAGAUUGUCCCUGUUCUAUUGGCAAAGAUGGUUUUUGAUGAGGAUUCUAUUUUAGAGUAUGAAUCCCAUAACGAGGAUGACGCCUUCCAGGAUGAUAAGGACGAAGAUAUCAAGCCAGUGGCACCUCAUAUUGUCAAGAAAAAGACCGUUUCUGAGGGGCCCAAGGGCACAGGAGGAGAUUCCUCAGAUGAAGAGGGUGAUGACGAUGAUGACGAUGGGGAUGUCGACUCUCGCUGGACUCUAAGAAAAUGCUCUGCGGCUACUUUAGACGUGAUGACAACAAUUCUGCCAAGGGACGUCAUUGAAAUAGCAUUCCCAUUUUUAAGAGAACAUCUGACCUCUGAUAUGUGGUACGUCAGGGAAGCGACCAUUUUGGCCCUAGGGGCUAUGGCGGAGGGUAUCAUGAAAUAUUUUAAUGAGCAGUUGCCGGUGAUGAUUCCUUUCCUCGUAGAGCAGUUGAAGGAUGCAUGGGCUCCCGUGAGGAAGAUAACCUGUUGGACUUUGAGUAGAUUUGCACCAUGGAUAUUACAAGACCAUACUGAGUUCCUGAUCCCAGUUUUGGAACCUAUCGUAACGACUUUGUUGGAUAAGAGGAAGGAUGUACAGGAGGCGGCGAUCAGUAGUGUGGCUGUCUUUGUAGAGAACUGCGAUUCAGAGCUAAUUGAGACACUGCUGUACAGUGAGUUGCUGGCCAGUUUUGACAAAUGUUUCCAGUUCUACAAGAAAAGAAACCUGAUUAUCCUUUAUGACGCCGUUGGGAGGUUUGCCGAGAAGGUGGAGCUGGACGACGUUGCGAUGCAAAUGAUUUUACCUCAUUUGAUAAACAAGUGGUCUACAUUACAGGACAAUGACAAGGAGUUGUGGCCGCUGCUUGAAUGUCUAUCGUGUGUUGUUUCCUCUUUGGGUGAGAGGUUCAUGCCUAUGGCCCCCAAUGUCUACGAUAGAGCGCACAGGAUACUGUGCAAUUGUGUUGAAUUAGAGGCCAAGUCGCAACAAGACCCGAGCAUCGUGGUGCCGGAAAAAGAUUUCACGAUCACAUCUAUUGAUUUGAUAGACGGUUUGGCGCAAGGACUGGGCGCGCACUGUCAGCCAUUACUGUUCCCCAACAACGACAACUCGUUGCUGAGGGUUCUGUUAGAGUGUUUAAACGACCCGGUACCUGAGGUGAGACAAAGUGUGUUUGCACUGUUGGGGGACAUAGUCACCUAUUGCAGCCCUCAAUUGAUGUCCGGAACGCUCCCCCAUUUUUUGAAGUUCAUCGGUAACGAGAUAAUGCACAACGACGAUCCAGAUGGCGCCCCCUCCGUGAUAAACGCUGUGUGGUGUCUUGGGCUUAUCAGCGAGCGGAUCGAUUUGAGCGAGUACCUGAUCGAUUUGACGCGCGUUCUUUUGGACGUCUUUACUACCACAUUACAGUUUGUUGACGUGGGCAUUCUAGAAAACAUAGCCAUCACGAUUGGACGGAUCGGCAUCACGCACCCUGAAGUGUUUGCCUCUGGUGCCUUCGCACAUGACACUGUAUGGGCGAAGUGGACCAGUUACAUGUCUACGGUAGAGUCUGCUGAGGAGAAAAGCAGCGGGUACAUGGGAUUUAUCAGAAUCGUCAACCUGAGCCCGCCACAGAUAAUGACCAAGGGCACUCUGGUGAGCAUCAUUGAGGGACUUUCCUUUAACGUCGAGGCAGAAGUGUUUGCCCAGGAUAUCCUGCCUUUCCUAAUGAACCACUCCCAGCAGAUACAAGCCGUGUCCCACCAGUUGACCCCCGAGUGUAUCGCCUUCCUGCAGAGGUUCAGCAGCUGA